AUGGGAUUUCACGCAAAGGAGUUCUCUUACGCUUCCUGGGAAUAUGAGACGCAAACGAAAACCGCCUCUACCACUGGCACAGUCGAGCGUCCCCCCCUCCCCCAUGAUGAGUCCGACAAUACCGACAACAGGGCUCCCUUUGAAAAGCUCCCGGUAGAAAUAUACGACCAAAUCUUUUCCUACCUGAUUCCCCAGGAACCUCCAACUGGCUACAAGAGACGCAACAGCGACCUCUCCGCUGUGCUCAAGGCCUCUCGCACCCUGUAUGCCGCAACCCUUUUCACAAUCUUCCAAAAUGCAAUGUUUCCACACUCUCCAGUCUACUCCAAGUUCUUGGAACAGAUCACCAACCACCCUGUUCUCGGAGGAAUGGUUCGACGUAUGGACUUCUCGCAGUACACCUCUGUCGGUUUGGGGAGGACCGGUCGGAUGAACAUGGAAAUGCAAAACUUGACCGCAAAGACCCUCACCAAGGGCCUCAGAGCCACCGGGAACCUCCGCGAAUUCCUCGCACAGGAGGCUUUAGGACCGGAUAUCGAUGCCUCCGUUCUCGAGGAGCUAUUUUUCACACUUCCUCUGCUCGAGGCUGUCGAUUUCUGUGGCGCUUCUGCUUCCCGAUUCAAGGAAGCCUUUACUGAAGUAAUGCAUCCAUGGAACCCAAAGCUUCCGGAAUCCUUCCCAGUCCAGAGGUUGAGCUUGCAUGAGUGCACAACUCUUGCCACCAGUGUCUUCACCGCCAUCCUCCCACGACUUCCAAACCUCACUCAUCUCGAUCUCUCUCACACCCAAGUCACAGACUCCGCUUUGAUGUCGAUCCCAGAAACUGCCAACAUCACCCAUCUCUCACUUUCGAAAUGUGCCCGCCUCAAGGGUGAGAAUGUUGUCACUUUCUUGCUUGAACAUCCGGCUGUCCGCAACCUCAAAGUCCUUAACCUCCACUAUGACGCCAGCCGAUAUAGGUUAUUGUCUGCUAUCGAUGUUGAAGACCUUCUCCCAAAUCUUCCCAAGUCGUUGGUGUCUCUUAAUCUGACCGGUGCAUCUAUCUCGUCGGACCAUAUGCCGAUGCUUCUUCCGCUCGUAUCACGCCUUGAAGAGCUGUCCCUCGGUCACACCGAGCUGACUAUGGAAGAUAUCAACACAUUCUUUGUGCCACAAUGGAAGUCAAACCUCCGGUACCUUGAUCUAACUGGCAUCUCGGCUGUAUCUCCCAAUGCACUUCACUUUUCUACCGGGGCUAUUCUCCCCCAGAAUACUACGCUCCAGGUCCUCGAGCUUUCAGAGAAGAACGUCACUGGCUGUGCCAAGCUUCACGCAACCAAGACAUGCGGCUGGUCCGAACAAUCCUACGGACGAAGGUCAUGGUUAGUUAAAAGCAACACCCAUGACGAUGGCGAGAGGUCAUGGAAAAUGGGGAGUAAGAAAUGGGGAAACCGGAAGAUCCCCUGCAACUUCGGUGAAGUUGGAGGCAUAUAUGCCUACUAUGGUCUUGCCAAAUAA